UCUGUGAAUCCUUGUGAAUUCAUUUUCAGGUUCAACAUUGGUUGACAACUAAAGUCUAAAGUCACUCAGUCUGGUCAGCUUCUGUUGUGUGAGAAGCAGAAACUGAAGUCUAUGAAAUGAAUUCCUCAGAUGGCGAUCGUCACCAACAUCGACACAGCCUGUGGUGAAAUCGAAAAGGAUCUGAAGAACGUCUAUAAGAGCAAACACCUGAGGAAGAAGAUGAAAGACUUCAGCUCAGCUGUGGGAAUCCCAAUGAACUGCAUCUGUCCGGUGAAGAACUACAGUGAUGAGAUCGAGAUCGAUGAUGACGUGGACUCUCUGAUCCUGAGCGCUCUGAGACUCAUGAUCCACUUUGGAGACGACUUCAUUGAGGACAUGUGAAACAUAUUUACAUGUUCAGUGUCAUCAGUUUGCUUUUAUUGCAGCUGUCUGUGUCUGAUGGGAGUUCAUCCUUUCCUGCAUUCACUUCCCACAGGGAGGACUGUACUGAUACAGUUAUACAUACAUCAUGUAGGAGUGAGGUAACUGCACACUGAUGAAGUCACAGAUACAAAAUAUAUUCAUUAUUUGACAACACUGAUGGCAACAUUUCAAUCAUGUUAACGCUUGGCUAUUAAAUAUGCUGCUAUUACUUA